CCUUAGUGGUGUGACCAUCAGUGUGGAGAUCAGAUAGCAUCAUGGCCGGAUAUAGUUUCCUUGUAUUGUGCUCGGCUGUGCUAGCCAUCAGUUUCCAAAGUGCUGUUGCCAUAAGCGAUGAGGAGCGUGCGAAGAUAAUCGCGGAUAUGCUGCCCCACGUGACGGAGUGCAGCAAGGAGUUUAGCGUCACCCCAGAACAGAUCAAGAACGAGGGCAAGACUGGUAGCUUGGAUGGCUGCAUCAUCAAAUGCAUCAUGAAGAGAGUUGGCAUCAUCGACGAUCAAGGCCUGUUUGACGUCGCCAAAGCCUUGGAGUUGACGAAACAACACAUCUCCGACCCCGAAGAACUCAAAACCCUUGAAGAGGGCAUCAACAAGUGCGCUUCAGUGAACGACCAGGCUGUGAGCGAUGGUACAGAGGGCUGUGAAAGAGCGAAGCUGCUGGUAGAGUGCGCCAAGCCGUACAAGGCACAGUUCGUCCCAGUAGCUUAAAGCUGGAAGAGAAAACUUACGAAGAGUGUAAUGCAGUGAAAAUGCAGUAUUAUUAGAAGCGAGAUUUCCCUUUAUUUUUUCUUCCUUAUUGUUCUUUAUUCUUCUUUCUAACCUAUUGUUAAAGUUAACAAAAUAUAAAGCUUUUUAUUUUUA